AUGGAUAUCUCGGACGAUCUCCUGGGAUCUCUAUUUGAUGAAAAAGUGACACCUUUGCCAACCAAAAAUCCCUCUAUGCUCAGUUUCGAUAUGUGGUGUCAGUGCUCGGCUAAAAACAUCCAACGAAUCAUUCGAAGAAAUCGGUCUUGGCGACCAUUACGAAUAUAUUUAUUGAAAUUGGUUAUAGAAUUUUGUAAAUUAGCUAAUGUUGAUCCCUUUGUGUAUGGAGGAACCGCUCUGGCGGUUUAUCGUGAGAACGGCAGAAUGAUAAAACAUGACUCAGACGUCGAUCUCGCUGUGUUGGAACGUGAUGAGAAAGGUGUUGGUGCUUUUACUAAAUUACUAAGGACUUGUAUCAAUCACGGUGUUUCAUACUCUGGUGUAUCGGGUGAAUUUCCGCCUUUCUGUGCAUCAGAGGAAUCAGAAAUCACAAUGACUUUUGAUUCUAGACGUACGGGUAAAACAUGGCUUCAUGUGAACAAUACUGGUGUAGAUUCAAUCUCCGAGCAGUUCUUUUACGGAAAAGACUGUAAAAUAGCCAAGUUUUUCCUUUCGAAAACAGGACUUAAAAAAGCAUGUGCUAUGUUUGGUAAAAAUAUCCACACACUAAACCAUCUUUUUUCGGAUCCUUCUCCCGUCCAUGUGGAUUUAUUCACCCUUUCCCCUCACUCGUUAUAUCCAGAUUCUCAUUUACAAGUUAACUGGGAUAUCCCUGGUGUUUACGACACAUCUAAAAAAGCUUUCCCAUUAGCAUCGAUCCUUCCUUUAAGAGACUACACUUUUGAGAAUGUUCCGAUUCGUGGACCAGCCGAACUGGAAUCAUAUUUAAAAGUGGAAUAUGGAUAUUUGGGAAGAGAUGCUAUGUUCGUUGCGGAAAAGCAAUUGUACAUAAAGAUACCUUCAGAACUACAACAUCUUAUCCCAAAGCAUAUGCUUAAUUCAUCGGAUAGCAAAGAUUCUACUCCAAGUGAAAUCAAAGACGACAAGUAA